CACCGAUUUCAUACUCGAACACUCUCAAUCAACGUUUCGAGCAGUGCAUCAGUGACUGGACAUCAAGACAAUAAUAUGGCACAGGAGGACAACGUGAAGCGGAUAGAGGAGGCGCGGAAGCUGGCCAAAGAUCAACCACAGAAGGCAGAGGCUACCUACAAGGACAUUCUAUCGAAACCGCCAGGGCAGAAUGACAAGGCUCUACGCGACUUUGAGAGUGCGCUCACUGGCCUAGGCGAGCUGUACAGAGACCACAAGCGGACACAAGACCUUGUCAGCCUCAUCGAACAGACGCGGAAUGUGCUCACCAGCUUUGCGAGGGCGAAGACUGCUAAGCUUGUGCGACAGCUUCUCGACCUCCUCGCUGCGAUACCCAAAACUACCGACACCCAGAUCACCGUCACGAAGUCUUCCAUUGAAUGGGCCGUUUCCCAGAAGCAGGGAUUCCUGCGUCAGAGUCUUGAGGUCCGACUGGUCAACCUGUACAUGCAAACGCAAGCAUACUACGAUGCGCUCACACUCAUCAACAAUCUGCUCAAGGAGCUGAAGCGAUUAGAUGAUAAGCUGGUUUUGGUCGAGGUGCAACUGCUGGAGAGCAAGGUCUACCACGCUUUGGGCAACAUUCCAAAGGGAAGAGCAGCUCUGACGAGUGCGAGGACCAGUGCUGCGUCAGUCUACACGCCGCCGCUCCUACAGGCUGGCCUGGAUAUGCAGUCCGGACAGUUACACGCCGAAGACGGUGACUUCAACACAGCUUUCUCGUACUUCAUCGAAGCUAUGGAAGGCUACCAUGGACUGGACGAUGCGACGAAGGCGACUGCUGCUCUGCAGUACAUGCUCCUUUGUAAAAUCAUGCUGAACCUGAAGGAAGAUGUCGACUCUCUCAUGACUUCGAAGCACGCCAUCAAAUACGCAGGCAAGAACUUGGAUGCCAUGAAGGCCGUUGCACGCGCACACAAUAAUCGCAGUCUCGAAGAGUACGAACAGGCUCUCCACUCAUACCGCUACGAGCUUGGCGGUGAUCGCUUUAUUGCCUCGCAUUUGCGACGACUGUACGACAGCAUGUUGGAGCAGAACCUGAUCAAGGUCAUUGAGCCAUUUUCCCGCGUUGAGAUCACUCACGUUGCAAAGAUGGUCGGCCUCGAUGUCGGGCAAGUAGAGCGGAAGCUCGCGCAAAUGAUCCUUGACCGUGUUAUCAUUGGCAUCGUUGACCAAGGACAAGGCGUGCUCGAGAUCUUUGAAGAGGCUGAGCGGGAUAAGGGCUACGAUGCUGCUCUGGACACUAUUGGCAAGCUGGGCAGUGUUGUCGAUGUGCUGUACACGAACCAAGCAAGCCUGCUCGAGUAGAAAUUUGAGCAACGUUGAUGACAUGGAAAGUAAUUGCUGUCACUGUACCAUAGCCAUAGCAUAGAGCGGCAGGCAGCAACUGCCGCCGAACUCAGCAGCAUUAUUCACGACAUUGGAUGAAUCAAGCUCCAGUUCAC